GUGACGGGCGAAGAUGUUCGAAUAGAGGCGAAAGGGAAAGUCUCCGACUGAUAACAUUGUUCCUUGGAGUUGCUAACAACUUGCUACGCAUAGCGCAGAUAACCAGGAGAAAAUACUUUGUCACUCCUGGAACCUUGCACUGCUGUAAUUAUCUACACAUAGAGAAGAAGCGUGGAAACGUUACAUGCAGCAAAAGGAUUUGCCAAUGUCGUGAUUUGAUUUGCCGACAAGCAAAGGCAUUGCGGGCAGACCUCUUCCUGUUGCUGUUGGAUGCUGCUUGCCAAGACUACGGCUAGCGGAUACAUUCGAGUCUCCAGGGCCUGACAUCAACACGGACAGUCAUGCAAGUUGGCAUGCGUCCGCCGAUUGCUCCGAAGCCGCAGUCCAUCAUUUUGCCAAUGCCUCGACACGCGACCGACCGUCGGUCCGUCGCGGAUAUGCAGAGCGCGACGCACGAGACCGGCGGCGCCGCACCCGUGGCGCAGCCGCGACUGAGAAAGACGGACAUCCCUCCACCGCCGUGCAGCCCUCCGCCACCGCUGCCAGCGCCGCGCGUAGCAUCGCUGAAACAGGGCGCCAAGCUGCUGGUCUACCCGAGGACGGAAGCGGACGGCGAAUUUGAGUACGCCGAACCCUACGCGCUAUCCGUGUGCCAAGCACCCGCGGCUAACCAUUACGGAUGUGCCGUUAUCGUGGAGGCGCCGGAACAGGUAGCUCCCGCCGCUCCUCCAAACAAGAGGCAAGCAGCCGAUCGGCAGCCGACGGCUGCAGCUCCCGACGGCUACGUGUCGUUCAUUCAGCCCAAUGCGGGCACGGGUACUCUGAAGCGCCGCCUGUGUCGCACUGCCAGCAGAGCGAGACGCGUGAACUCACCCGCACCAAUCGCCGCAGACACCAUGCAAUCUCCGAAUAAUGGUCAGCAUAACGGCCGUCCUCAGCCGAAUGCGAAUGUAGCAAGUGAAGCACAUGUGGAUGAGACUGUCUGUAGCACUAUAAACUCUGUGGUCCAACCCCACAUCGUAGCACCCCAGACGAGUAUGUCUGAGGCCAGGGCCAAAGUAGCGGCCGUACUGGGAAGCUUAGCCAGCGCAGAGAAAUCAAGCAGCAGGUCUGCAGCAGCACAAACAAAUGCUUUUCCCAUCUCCACUCUUGCAGCCGAGCCUCGUGCACGCUCGAUGUCCACGAGUACUUGGCGUCGCACCCAGCCUGGUACACAAGCACCGCAAUCCGGGAGCAUGAGCAUGCGAGUGCGCUCGGCAGUGCAAAAUACAGUCGCCGAAGAGCACGUCGUGGCCGUCUGGGAGCAGGAGCGACUUCGAGCAUCCUCACAAGCUGGCAACGCUGACACAAUUAUAUACGAGGAUGUUCCUAGCAUAAAGCCGUACCCCGGGCCAGCAGAGGCGGAGGAAGAAUCGGGUAGGAGGAAUGUUAACCAAUCACCACUCAUAGGCCUCUCCGCUGACUCCGAGUACGAGCCGAUAUCGCCGUGCGGCACUCUCGGUGGGCGGCUCUCUGCGAGGUGCCAGGGUCCGAGGCCCGAGUCGGUGUAUUCCGCUAUUAGCGAUGUGAGCACCGUUUCUGCAUCUACUUGCGACGGUCAGGAGGCCGGGGAACUGCUGAGUGCAUGGGAAGACUACUUAAGAGGAGCCAACCAGUGUGAAGCUGAAAACUGCGUGUCUGAUAGCGACGCCGAGGACGAAUCGGAGCUUGUAGACUUCAGCAGCAGUGAUGAGGGCGCCGCUACGGAAGAGGCAACCCAGCUGGUCAUCCCGAAACCAGUUCCGAAGGUCCGCCGUGCACAGUCACAAGCUCAGAGAAAGUCGGAAGAUGAAGAUCCAUGCAAGCUAGUUCGAACCAACGCCAUCCGACGCGGCCCGCGCACCAGUGCCCGUGGAGAGGACCUGCGCGCGCUAAUGCCAUCCGAAUUGUCGCCAUCCAUUCCAUCGCUGCUCAGUGAUUCGUCCAAAGAGUCUCUAUCGGAGGAAGUGACCACUACUGAACGACUUUGCGACGACUGCCGGUACUGGAAGAAGAUGGAGUUCCGGCAGCUGGACAUGAAUGCCGCCGUGUGCAGCCAGUGCCAGGCGCAUCGCAGGAAGCGUACUCGCACCAUAUCCGAGGUCCUGGCGACCGAGGAGAAAUACGGGCAGAAUCUCAACGUCAUAAAGGAGGUCUUCAUGGAGCCCAUGCUGAACGGCCUUGUUCCCACUGAGCAUUGCGAGAAGAUAUUCGUAAACCUGGAAGAGCUGAUUGAUCUCAACAAGCAGCUUUGCCAGUCGCUGGAAGACCAGGUGGCGGAGGUGACGCGCCGGUCCAGCUGGGAGGACGCGGGCCACCGGGCCACCAUCGGCAAGGUGUUCAUGGAGCACAUGGCCAGCAUGAAGGCAUUUGAAGUGUACUGCGUCAGCCAGGCAAACAGUGCUCGAGCCCUGAACCUUGCCAUCAAGAAAUCCAACUUGUUCAAGCUCUUCUUGCAGGUGUGCCAGAACGACGAUCAGCGCUGCUCAAACAUGCCCCUUCCGGCGUUUCUCAUCGCUCCGCUCCAGCGGGUUACGCGCUACCCUCUCCUGCUGGCCAAGAUCCUGAGUCACACGCCACAGCGCCAUCCCGACCAUGCAUCUCUCAGUGACUGCAUGAAGCACCUGGAAGUCAUGCUCGACAAGAUUAACAGCGAAUCUGUCAUUCCAGGUCAGGGCAACAAGCUCUCCGUUCAGACAAAACCCUCUGCGGCAAAAGAGAUUCUGUCUAAGAAGACGGCUGAUGAGCUAUUGGAGUUUGCCCUAUCCAAAGUUGGCUGGGCUCGGGAUCAGGCAGAGUUGAUUUACCAUGGUCCCCUGGAGGUCCAAUCCCAGCAGCGGAGCUCGCGCCGAAAUUCUGCGUCGGCUCCGAAGAGCUCAAUGAAGUCCAUUGUCACACACGCUGUGCUUGUUCAGCUCAAGGACCCUAUUCCCCACGACCAAGAGAACCGGCAGUUUGUGGGACGUUUCUCGUUGUGCGACAAGAGCGGCAGCUCCAAGCCCCACUUGGUGCUCAUCGGCGUCAACAAGACUGGUGACAUGAUCUGUCAGAAGGAACCAGUUUCUCUGGAUAGGUGCAUAGUAGCCGCUCCAGCUACAGCUUUCGAAGGCAGUGGAUCUUGCUUUGACGUCACAACAAUGACUGACCAUUCAUCUGUUAUAUUGAAGGCACCUGGUCCACACAGUCGAGACCAGUGGAUGGACAGGCUCAGCCUUGCCACAAAGAAAGCAGGGCUGUGGCGACAGCGGCGACGGGGCCUACCCAACAUCAUGAUCUUCGACAACAACCGACAAGCAGCCAACGGUAGCUGAAUACCUGACAGAUGGACGUAAGCCAGUUCCGCUUCCGCAACGUCGGCCAAGGAUACUAUUCAUCGGGUUGAUGUACCAAGCAUGGCCCGAUGGCAAAAUGUUGACCUCCACUUCCUCUCGGGAUAUUGUACAACACCACUAUGACUCCACUAUGCACAUGCAUAGUCCUAUCAUGACGGGUGACUGUUUCAACUGCUCUGAUCCCUGCCAUGGAGAUCAACCGCCUGUCCAGAAUUGACACCAGAUGUGCUUCAUUACAUAGUCCUACGUUAUCUGCCAGCUGCACAGCAUUAUAAAUGGGCACUAGAUUCAGUUAACAAGGUAAUUUAACGCCCCCAUUGGUGCUCAGUUUUAAGUUGGGUUAUCGGUCGCAGUGGCCAUGAUCCUUCGAAGUGCAUGCCACAAAUAGUUUGUGUUGACAUUGAUUACUUGAAGUCUUUAUGGCACCACUUUCAUGUGUAUGUGUUUGAUUGAGACCCAUUGUUUGGCUGUUGUUACAGCCAUAUCUAUCCAGCAAGCAAGAGAAAAAGAUAUCUUACUUCUUAUUACUAGAUUCGUCUACUUCAAGGGGAAGAUAUUGAAAUAUUGCGCUGUGCAUUACAUGUAGUCGUUGAUUUCUAUUUCGAAGCAAAAACUUCAAAUGAAAAUAUUUUAUCAAACCUCUCAAUUGCUUGGAUUUGAAAAUUAUCUUGAACUCA